AAUAUUCAGUCGAAGCUGAGUCCAAAAUCAACAAGAACGAAAAUUAAAGCUUUUGAAAGGUCUGAUCGGAAACCCUAAUUUUCUUCUUCCGCCUCCUCGACAGCAACCGGAAAAUGACGCCGCCACCUGGACUAUACUCCGGCACCAGCACCUUAGCGUUGGUGGCUCGUGCGUCAGCCUUCUCUUUUGGUCUUGUUUAUGGUAGCAUGAAGCUCAAGUAUCUCAAGGGUAAAGUAAAAUCGCAAAAGAAAGCUGAAGAAAAGGCCGCUCAUCACUAAGAUAUAAGCUUUGUUGAGUUAGAUGACUUGAUUUUUGAUGGCAUGGAAUAAUGCAUAGCAAUGGCAAUGUAGCCAGAUUUUCAUUUUAAUGCAAAGCCUUGUUCAGCCUUGGCGCCCUGAUUAUGUAUUUUUGUUGCUGUUUUUUUAGUGAAGGCUAUUGAGUAUUGAAUCAGUCUGUUAAGCACACUCGCUCUGCGGGCGCCACUACAAAACAUCUUUAUUUUGCAUUGCUUAACUGACUUUAACAAUGCUUAAACGCUGAAAGAUUGAAUCUUCCGUUGAUUGAUAUAAGACUCCUUUGUGAGUUUAGUUCUUCCA